AUGAGAAAAUUCCACCGUUUCCUUAUCACCGUCGUUGCAUUUGGUAUCCUGUACGGGGUUUAUCGCCACUCGUUCGGUACCAAGGGCAGCUUUCUGAAUCUGCUACCACAGGAGAACGAUCAAUUUCUUUCGCAAACGCACCGACAGCUGAAUGCGGUAGAUCCACGAGAGCGCCCGAUUGAUUUGUCCCGCCUGUCGAAUUUCACCGGAUUUGAGUAUCGAAUUGCGAACGACAUUUGCAAGGAAAACAAUAGCUUUUCGGACCUGUUGGGUGUAAUACUAGUCACUUCGUACGUCGGUCACGAUGACCUUCGUUCGGCACACAGACAGGCGAUUUCGCAGCAAAAGCUGCUCUCCAUGGGAUUGCUGCGAAUAUUCUCACUGGCCAUCAUUCCACUAUCGGAACGCUUCAUCCGACAGCCAGCCAUCGAAGCCGAGCAGCGUCUCCACGGUGAUCUGAUUCAGGGCAACUUUGACGAAGCAUAUCGCAAUCUCACCUACAAACACCUUAUGAGCUUACAAUGGGCCACACACAGAUGCCGCGGGGCAAAGUACAUUAUCAAAAUGGACGACGAUAUUGUGUUCGAUCCGUUUUACAUCCAGAACCAUCUGUCGGAUCUGAGUCAGCGGGACGAGCGCCACUUACUGGCGGGCUACACGUUUCGCAACAAGAAAGUGAUCCGGUUACGGGCCAACAAGUGGUACGUUUCGCGGAACGAAUACUCCCGCGAUGUUUACCCGCCGUACCUGUCCGGGUGGCUUUACAUCACCAACCAAUGGACGGCGCGGGCCUUACUAGCGGAAUCUCAGGAGGCACCAUUUUUCUGGAUCGACGACACGUUCAUCACGGGUGUGCUCGCCGAACGCUUGAAACUACCUCUCACCGUGCUUAAUCGCUGGUUUAGUGCCAAUUCCGAGUUUUUGGACUGCUGCAUUCGCGAUAUGAAGCGGUACGCGUAUCAGUGCGAUUACUACGUCGGUCCAAACGGAGGAAACGGGAAGCUUAUAAUGGAGUUCGUGCAAGAGCUGGAGCGUUGCUAUGACAAUGCGUGUUACCAGCGGCCCGCCGGAAAAUCACUCACCGCCACCUGCGUAGCAGAGUACAGGAAUCUACCGGCAAGUUCCGACCACGGAACGGCCAUGAUUAGCCAGAUGAAACUGUAAAAUUGUUUUGAUGUACGUCUUAGAGAAACCCGUCGAUGGAUACUUGCCAUUACCGAAAGAAUCUUUCUCCAAAAUGUGCCACAAAAACAAGCCAAUCCUCACAUAGUUCACUCACGUCCGUCCUUAUCGUGUUGCACACUUAGUAUAACAGAGUAAUGCCAUUAUUUUAACCACACGUCAGGAGGGAGAAAUUUUAUGAAAAGGGUAAAAUGUAAUUACAAACGGUUGAAGACAGUAUUAUUCAAGUAUCAUCAUUCCCCAGAACGCACUGAUAAAUCAACCUGUGAUACACACCGAUACAGCCAACGUUUGGAUACGCCUGUUACCGAUAUUUAUCACACUGCGUUUUGUGUUUACUUUAUUUGGUUC